AUGCGCCCUGGCAGCUCGGAACAUGCGCCUUCAAACCGUACGCGUGCUGUCAAAGCAUGCAAACGCUGUAAUCAGAAAAGAAUCAAGUGUGACGCCUUUGAAUGCGGAACUCCUUGCUCCAAAUGUCGACAGAGCAACAGCGAGGAAUGUGUCCUGAUACAGUCUAGGCGAGGCACGCAUUCUCGCAAAAGGACCAAGCCAAAUCCCACUGUAACAGAGCCCACGGCAGCCUCUGUUGGGGUUGAUGCUGACACGAGUGCCGACGCCAUCGCCACGCCCGCAGUAUCAGAAACGACAGCACAUCGUCCCCUGAGUGACCCGACUCCUGUAGACGGGUCGCCGCUCCUCCAACAAGCAGUUCAAAGCGUCCGUGUCGACAGUCAACCUCCCGCCACUGUCCCAAAUGGUUUCCCAGUAUCGGCAUCCACUACUUCCAGCACAGACCUGGCCUCUCCAGAAGCAGCAUUCUCGGAGACCAGCGCGAAGUCUUAUCGCGAAAUCUCUUGGGCUGCCAUGUUCGACCAUUUUCUGGACGGACGACGACGGGACCAAAAGGACACGAUAGACAAAUGUUCGAUCACCUACCUGGGAGAAUCCUUUCCAUUGGCCAUGGUGCUCGAGGAGUUCAAAGAAGGGGGACGACCGCGCCUCCAUCAUGCUGGGCCACCGCUCACAGAAGACCAGGCGAGGGCUGAACCUACGAGUGAAAAUCACCCCUCACAUAUGCUCCCAGAGGAUAUCGCCUUUCUUCAAGCCAAAGAUGCCUUUGUCGCUCCCUCUCAGGAAAUUCUCGAUGCUUUGAUCGCAAAUUUUCUGGACCGAGUAUGGCCUAUCUAUCCCGUGGUCAAUCGGCAAGAGUUUCUUCAACAAUAUAAAGCCAAGAAGGUUCCGUGGAUUCUACUGCAUGCGCUGUGUUUCAUCUCGGCAACUUUCUGUCCCCUCGCCAUCUUGCAUCGUGCUGGGUUUACGGGACGAAAGCAAGCCAGAGUCUCGUAUUAUCGAAAGGCCAAAGCGUUGUUUGACACCGGCUACGAAUCCAAUAAGAUCACUAUUCUACAGAGCGUCAUUGUCCUGACGUGCUGGGGUGGAGGACCGAACAAUUACUGGAAUUUUUAUAGUUGGAUCUCUACCGGGGUCACGUCUUUUGAAAAGACUCUGGUGGAUUCUGGUCAUUCGAGAUGCUUCAUGUGGCACCCUCGUCGCCGGCCCUUCCGCAUCAACACCGAUCACUCCGACACCGAGAUGCUGACGGUCGAAGACUUCGAGUAUGACGUUCAAAGCCCGGAUUUUGUCAACCAUCCUCUCCGCGACGUCUGCGGUCUGUAUCAGAUUCAUAUGUCCAAGCUAUCUCUCCUCCUGAGAGAGAUCAUCUCGACGAGAUUCGAUCCUAAUCGCGCCCAGGCUCGAAUGGCCAAUCUCCACGACACUUUACAAGAUUGGCAUAAUGCGCUUCCGCCCACGUUACGCUGCUCGGAGAAUGACAAGGCUUCGAAUCCGUUUGCUACUUGUCUCGCCAUACUCUACGACCACCACUUGAUCCUGAGUCACUUGGGCCGGUCCGCAACAGGAGCGACGUCCACGACCAGCGGCAACGGAUCCCUAGGCGGAGGCCCCCCCUCGCGCCCAAUUACCGAGGUGGCUGCCCAGCGCAUCUCGUCCUUGGCUUGCACGUUUACACGUAAAAAUGAAUCCCUUGUCAUGCCGCACGAGGUCUUCCAAGGUCUCUUUCUCGCGCAAGCCGUCUUCUACACCCAGAUGAAGAGCCCGCAGCCUCUGGUGUCUCAACUCGGGUUUCAGGCUCUGAAUAGCUGUCAGAUGGUCUGGCACGACAUUUACGAAGCGUGGGACCCUGCGCCCUGGAUCUCCAAGCUGUUUGACAACUUGAUCGGAAAUAGAAAUCAAGAUAUAGAGUCGAACGAAGGUGAUCACCGGAAUAGUAACGUGUCUGGAAAUGGGGCCCCUUACAUAGGAAACGGCAUGGACCUGGACGGAAUCAAUGCUUAUGUUAGCUGGCAGAACCACCCGACUCUAGGUUUCUUCGACAUGUCGCAGGGUGAGGAGACGUUUCCGUCGUCGACAGACUAUGCCAUGUUCACCAAUUACUUCGGGACCACAGAGCCAACAUCGUUUCUAUCUUGA